CCUGACCAGGGCCCGGGCUGGGGAGGAGCCUGCCAUCCAGGAACGUCCCCUUGACCGGCAUCGAACCCGGGACCCUUUGGUCCACAGGCCGACGCUCUAUCCGCUGAGCCACGGGCCAGGACAGGCCUUCGGGAUCGUGAGCAGCUUCUGGGUUCGACCCGUCUCCCGCCCCGGCCAUGGCCUUCUACCCGCUGCAGGUGGCGGGGCUGGUGCUGGGCGUCCUGGGCCUGGCCGGGGCUCUGGCCACCACCCUCCUGCCCCAGUGGCGCGUGUCUGCAUUCGUGGGCAGCAACAUCAUCGUCUUCGAGAGGAUCUGGGAGGGGCUGUGGAUGACCUGCGUGCGGCAGGCCCGGGCCACGCUGCAGUGCAAGCUCUACAGCUCCCUGCUGGCCCUGCCCCCCGUGCUGGAGGCCGCCCGGGCCCUGAUGUGCGUGGCCGUGGCCCUCGCCCUCACGGCCCUGCUCGUGGGCACCUGUGGCCUGAGGCAGGUCCAGUGCACGGGCUCCGACGAGAGGGCCAAGGCGUACCUCGUGGGGGCGUCCGGGGCCCUCCUCCUCCUCACGGGCCUCUUCGUCCUCAUCCCCGUGUCCUGGACGGCCCACAUCGUCAUCCGGGAUUUCCACAACCCCGCCGUCCACGUGGGGCAGAAGCGCGAGCUGGGGGCCGCGCUCUUCCUGGGCUGGGCCAGCGCCGCCGUCCUCCUCGCCGGAGGGGCUCUGCUCUGCGGGUUCUGCUGCUGCAGCCGGAGGAAGCGAGGGCACCGGCGCCCGGCCCCCAGGCACUGCGUGCCUCACCGGGGGCCGCAGGGGGACCCGGCCGCGCCCAGGAAGCCCUGCACCAGCUACGUCUAGGCCUGCGUGGCUCCAGCUGUGGGGGGGGGGGGGGCGGCCAGUGGGUUUGAUAAAGUCCUGCCGGGAACUGUAAGGACGGCGGGCGGAGGGCCCCCUCCUGGCUCCAUCCACGCCGAGAUGGAGAGCGAAGGGCACACGGAGGGGCGGUCGCCUGCGGUGGGGACGUGGACCCGACCUCCUCGCGCAGCGAGAGCGUUUACCGCUGCUGGACUCGGGCUCUAUUCCCGUCUGUGGCGUCUGCACGCAAGUAGGGCCCCAAUCGCGGGAAAGAGCGGACGCCUUGGGCUGGACAAUCAGUUAUUAUCACUGAGAACGCCACUGACAUCGCACGCCUAGAGCCGAGCAACGAGGCGCCUAAAACACGCCGUGUCCCCGCCACGUGUCUCCCACCGACUCCCUCCCGCCCACAGCGAUGCCCUCGCGUCAGAACCAUCAGCCGGGAGAGGAACAGACAGGCAUUCGGGGUCUGGUUGAGUUUUUCAGGCUGUGGCCACGCCCGGCCCAGGGAAGGCUGUGUUCAUUCCUGGGGGCU